AUGUCAUUCGAUAGAAACAAUCGAGUCUCGCGAGACAGACAGCCGUCACCUUUCCGACGCGCCUCGAAAUUCGACCAUUACGAUAUACCCGCGAAGCUCCCAUCACCCCCUCAAGAAGAUGGCCCGCAUCCACGACAUGCUAUUCGCCCAAGAUCUCUAGCCGAUGCUUACCGAGACGCAUCAAAACACGAAAUGCCUGCUACUUACAACGAAGAAUCCCACUAUGUGACAUCACCUAGCCCGCGAUCGAGGCGGCAGCCGAUCAACGCGUUCUCGCCCAUAUCCCAGACUUCUCCUCCCCCCAAAGAACUCGAAGAUGCAUAUAGGCGAAUUGAUGAAGACGAUGCUUUGGCUGAUCUCGUGCCUGACUAUGACUGGGAGCUGCAGUUCACUGCACCCUCUGGAAGCCGAACUCGCCCCCCGUCCUCCCGAGCAAAAGACACAAACAAUGGCAAAGGAUCCGCCAAUGGACGACCCUUUUUCGACGCUGAUUUGAGUGAUGAACUCGGCGAUCACCGAGCCCGCAAGAGCAGGGACUAUACUAAGGACGAAGAGCGCUUAAAGCGCGUCACAGGCCAACGCUCGCCGGUCUUCAGCAGAGCGCAGGUCGGACGGGAUGCCUUAACGGCAAAUAAUUUGAGAAGGCGAAUGGAAGAGAAGACCGAGGCGGAUCGUCAUGCGCCAGAGCCUGACAGGAACGGUGUUCCUUCGCCGAAUGUACCCACUGGUUGGGGUCAUCGGGCAGGUCACCGGCAAGCAUGGGAAAGAAAACCCAGCCAGCAUAGUAUCUCUGAAGGAGAAGAGGAGGAGAAAGCGCGUCGGCGCUGGUCGCCAGCUAUCAUGGAAGAAGCCCAAGCCCCUAGGCCUAUGCGUACCUCUCCACAUUCUCCGGUCCGAAGCGCCCUUGAAGAACGCACCGCGAAUGCACAUAUGCAAUCAACACAGCAAGACUACGGGGAAACGCAGUCUGAUCCAAAGCUGACCUCUCCCCCAACUAGUGGCGGCGAGCCAAUCCCCAAUUCCCCUAUCACAGUCUUCAAGAACUCGUCAAUCGCGAGACCGAGCCCCAGCAAGCGCGACUCUAGAGAUCUACUACGCAAACUUUCCAGGACUGAAAUCCCCAAAGUUGAUCAGGUCCAAACCCCUGAGCCGCUGAAACUAUUUGAAAACAGAAUCUACGACAAAACCCCUCGGGUAACUGGCGCGUGGAUUGAUACUCCCAUGACCCAGCGGGUGGGCGACAAGGUCGAGCUUCCCGAAGAUCUGACGAAAGACCUUGUUCCUCCACGCACAACAACUGAGCCCAAGGAUAUUACACCCCCUACGAAACCAUCGGAUGUCAAAUCGAAAGCCGAGGAACCGAAGCCUGCGCAGAAUACCGAGAAAGAGACCUUUCUUGGGUCCUUUCCCAGGAAGCAGUCAAGGCCCCCGUUGCAGCGACCUCAUCUACCUAAAAGUGCCUUGGAGACGGUCAUCGAGGAUGCCAGUUCGGGCAAAGAUCUCGAGUUCGGCGAUGAUACCAUCGAGUCUCUUCAAGCAUUUAUGGAUGCUCCAGGUGAACCCAAAUUCGAGGAAGAUGACGAAGCUUACGAAAAGGCUGUCCUCGCCCAGCUUCAAAACGCCAGCUCAAAAGGAAAUGACGUGGUCAACUUGGAUUCAUUGAAUGUCAAGCUCAACUCCUUAACGAAACAUAUCGAAGAAGUCAAGAAAGGGCUUGACGACCUGGAAGAUCAUGUUAAACAAGAUACCGCAAUUGUAUCGCAGGCAAGCUCUUCAAAUAAGAAGAGCCCACAGUCAUCACAACUGCACACAGGCGAAUCCUGCAAAGGCUGUGACACGCACACUGGUGGAAAAGUCUACGCCGCGAUACCUCUUCCUCAAUUGUGGACGCGGAGCCCGCGAUCUCAGCGCCUUCGGCCAACCAAACUCGGCUGGUUCAUCAUAAUCUCACUCUCGUGGUAUAUCGUCGAAUGUCUCAUGUGGGACCAGUAUAGUCAUCCUGAGAUAUCCGAAAGCUGCGAAGGCUAUUGCUUGCAGCCCGAUGCACCGCUAUUCCCCUGGGUAACUAUAACGAUGCUAUGGCGAUGGUCACAUCUGUCGACCCUUUUCACGCCCAUUUUCGCUCUCUGUGUUGCUUUCUCUCGGCUCGCAGCGCAGUUAAUGGGUCUUUCGGAUGGCUACGUGGAUGAAACACCGGAGCUUGGAAAUAUCAUUGGCGAAAUCCGCAUCAACGGAACGCCUGUUGCGUUUCCUUGGCUGUCCACACCCACACCUGAAAACAUUGUGCCUCAAAUACAGCAGGCUCACUAUACGCAGCAGGCCCACUAUGCACAGCACCCUGUGCAACCAGUGCAGCCUGUCUGGUCAGCUCGGAAUCCGCCCCUGCAGAGCUGGGACAAUGACCAACUGUCGGGGGAGGAUGUGAUGGACAAUGAUGAAUAUCUUUAG